AUGGCGGUGCGGGGACUUACGCGAUCGGCGGUUGCGCUGGUGGUGCUGGCUGCCAUGGGUGCCAUGGCGACGGACCUGUCUCUGCACUUGAACGCUUCUAAAAAUGAGCUCUCCUACUUCCUCUCCGUCAAUGGCGCUGCCUGGCUCAACUCGGCUGACACCAGGUUCUAUGCUGAUGGCCAGUGGUAUUCGAUCGCCAACCGCAGCCUGGAGGUUACCAGCACGGCCACAACUCAGGGAUCGGAUAGCUUUGGCGCCUACAGGAGGACCACCGCCAACGUGGCUAGCCCCGACAGCAAGUUAAAGAUGAUUCUGUCCUUCUACGUGUACAACGACAACUCUACCAUCAUCUUCGAGCAAACCUAUGCCACCAGUGUGGCCAAUGCCUCGGUGGGAAGCUGGGACGUGACCUCGGGCGCUUUCCCAAGCUUCAGUCCGAUUCCAGCCAAGAAGCUCGGCGUUGCUAGCUGGCUCGGCACUUUUAUCGACAACUCAGUUUACGGCCCGAACAUCGGCUACGUUGGCACUAUGGAGGCCAUCCCAGCCGGAUCCAGUUUGCGAUACAUCAUCAGCGCUUCAGACGCUGGCCUCAAUAACGCCAUGACUGCCUGGGGCGCCAAAUUGAUGGCCAUGUACAACAAGACCACGGAGCAGCGGGACAACGACUAUACUCUCCAAUACCUCGGUUAUAAUACCGAUCAUGGUGCCUACUACUACUACAAGCCUGACGCGGGUGGUGACUACAACAGCACUUUGGUCCGCCUGUGGGAAUCAGCCAACAAACAGGCCAUCCCAUACAAAUGGAUUUUGCUUGACUCUUGGUGGUAUUACAAGGGUCCCCACGACGGCGUGCUCAAUUGGACGGCCAUGCCAAGCAUCUUCCCUCCUGGUGGUGUUGAGGGCCUGCAAGAAUUUAACAAGAUUACCCAAUGGCCUGUCAUUGGCCACAACCGCUGGUGGAGCCCAGAGACGUCCUAUUCAAAGCAAAAUGGCGGCGAAUAUGACUUUAGUGACAAAAACGAAGGCAGCGCCGUUGUCCCCUUGGAGCAACGCUUCUGGGAUGACCUCCUCAAGAGUAGUGCCACCUGGGGCCUGACCGUUUACGAACAAGACUGGCUGUACAACGAGCUGGAGAAGGUUCCCAUGCUGACUAAGAACAUUACGAUGGGCCGUGAAUGGCUCCUGCAGAUGGGUUUGGCUGCCACCCGCAACAACAUGACCAUUCAGUACUGCAUGCCAUGCCCAUACCAGCAAUGGCAUUUGGGAUCCUCUGCAAUUCUAGCCCACGCGCUGGGUCUCGCACCUUUCAAGGUCUGGUUAUACCUGCAGACGCUAGCUAGUUGGAUUGAUUUGCGCGAAUCCGUCGUGUCCACACUGACGGCGGGUCCCGUGGCGCCGGGCGAUGGCGCCGAAUUCCAGAACAAGGUGCCAGCCUGCGAGUCGAGUUUUGUGGGCACAGUGCCCACAGAUGUGCGCAUGUGUGUGUGUGUGUGUACCCUGAUCAUGCGUAGCUGCCGUGCCGACGGUCGCUUGAUCAGCCCUGACCGACCUGCCACCAACAUUGAUGCUUACUUUAUGAGCAAGGGCGGCUUUGGCCAGGGUCCUCAAGGCCACGUCUGGUCCUCCUAUACAACUGUAGGCAGUGCCCGCUUUGAGCACGUGAUGAGCACGCAAAUGUCCAAGCCGUACAAUUUGUCCCGUAACGAGGCUCAAGGUGGGACUAUGGUGGCCUACGCCAUGACCAAUAAUUACGAUUUGAGCGGACUUCAAACGCUGGUGCUGGGUGCCGAUGACACCCUGCCUCUUCGCAAAAGCACCGACGACGAUGACCUUGAGCUCUGGCACAUGGCCCCCGUCAACAGCAAUGGUGUAGCCGUUCUUGGCGACUUGACCAAGUGGAUUCCGGUGGCCAAGGCACGCUUUCCCUCCAUCACCGACUCAAAGAUCACGGUGGCUGGUGGUCCGAACGAGACCGUGACGGUGACGCUCGCCUCGGUCAGCGGCACCUCCGUCUCGACUUCUGCCAAGACCGUCACGCUCGACUCGGCCGGCCAGGGCAGCAUUUCGUUCUAAUCUCAUGGUGCUUUGAGCCAUGCCCAUCACGUGCGUUUCUUUCCCGUGCGCUGCAAGGCAACCAAACAAUACCUUCCGCGCCCUUGCCGCAGUUGGCAAUUGAUGCUCGCAGACAUU